AGUUUGGUUGUGCAUGACCAAGAAGACCAGAAGAAGGGAGUUGCCGUUCCCCACCCUUGAGGCAAUCUCCAGGUUGCAACCCCAAAGAGACUUUUGCAACAUGAAACCGUCCAAUGAAUAUCUUCCUCUGACGUUUCUCCUAGUUCUCUUUGACAGCCCUGUCUCUGCAACCUGGAGCUCCACUCUGCCUAGCUCCAUCCAAGCCUUAAAAGGAUCCUGUGUGGUCAUCCCAUGUUCAUUCACCUUCCCAGAUUCAUGGGAUUCUUGGGACAGCACUGUGGCUUGGUACCAGUAUCAUUUCUGGAGCUACCCUGAAAUCUACAACAGCAAAAUGCCAAGCAAUGUCCUUCCAGCCUACCAGGGACGAACGGAAGUGGUGGGGAAUCUGCAAAAAGGCAACUGUACUCUCAGCAUCAAUCCAGUAAAGAUGGAGGAUGCCAUGAGUUAUUACGUCUGGAUCAACCCUGACUCGGUCAAUCAUCGCUUCCAUGAUGUCACUGUCCAGGUAGAGGUAACAGAUGUCCCUAACCCGCUGGAGCUGAGUGAUCUGGGACUAGUGAUGGAAGGGGAUCCUACCCAAGUGUCUUGUUCAGUCCUGCACACCUGCCCUGUGUCUCCACCUAUCCUCACCUGGAAUCUAGACAGAAACACGGCUGUCACAGUCCAAGAAUAUUUAACAGGUGGAUCCUGGCGGACAGAAUCGAGUUUUAGCUAUAUCCCUUCCUACAAAGACCAUGGCAGAUACUUGCGAUGUACUGCAACAUUUCCAAACAAGCAACAGAUCUACGGUGGGAUCAACCUGAAUAUUCAGUAUCCUCCCAAAAAUGCAACUGUCUUGAUCAUUGGGAAUCAAAGGCUAAAAGAAGGAGACGAUGCCACUCUGAGAUGUGAGAGCCAUGGCAACCCGCCACCCAUCACCUACCACUGGUUCUUUGGCCCACAAAAGGCACCCCUGAAGGUAGCAGGUGGUGGACCAGAGGUGAAGCUGAAGGACAUCCGGAGAGACUUGGAGCCCUACCAUUGUGUGGCAGAAAAUGAUGUUGGCAUGGGGGAGGACUCGCCACCUACUUUCCUAAAUGUGGAGUACAAGCCAGUGAUUUGGCCUGAAAGCAACUGUACUAUCUCGAGAACCGGAGAGAUUAUCACCUGUUACUGUGUGGCAGAGGGAAACCCCCCUCCAAGAAUUGAAUGGAAUCUUCUAAACCUCACCAUUCCUGGAGAAUUCAAUAGCUCUGAACUGCAAGCAGACUUGAACUCUUGGGAACAAACCAUUGUUAGCACCCUGAGGGUGCCCGGAUCUAACUUUACCCCUAUAUCUUGCAAGGCCACCAAUCAGCACGGGAUCAGCUACAUCGCCUUGCCCACCAUCAAGGCAGGGAACCUCACCCUUUUGCUUAUUGGUUUGGGGGGAGCUGUUGCAGGGCUCGUCCUCUUCACCUUGCUGGGAAUUUUGGCUUACAAAGUGACAGUAAGCAGCCGGAAAAAGGAGAAGAAACAAGGGGAGGAAGGGGAGGAGCAAGCAGAAAAUCCCCGGAUACAUGGCAGUGGAGAAGAAAUUAUUUACCUUAACACAAAAAAGCCAUCUAAAGAUAACGAGGAGGAGCAACUCAACGUGUACAACAAAUCCAAUGUUCCAGGAAGCCAAGCUGCUGAUAAUGAAUUAAGCACCAUCAAGGACUAUGAGAAUAUGGAGAUGCCAGAAGAUUAUGAGAAUAUGUCAACAGAAAAGACCACUGGAUAUUUUGGGAUAAGCGACUGGCAGUUUCCUUUUGGCUCUGAUCAACUUUACUCCAACAUCUGAUCCAACAUUUGGCAAAAGAUCUUGAGAGCUCCUGUGUAACACUUGCUAGAUGCAUGGGUUCUGACCUCUAACUCUUUCACAAAUACCUCUGAACUACAACUCCCAGCAGUCUAACCAACAUGGCCAUAGGUUAGAGUUGCAGGGAGGUAUAAUCUAUACAUCUAUAUGGUCAUGGAUUCUCCUGGGAAAUCCCCACUUACACCCGUAGGUUUACUCAAGCAGCAUCUCCUCCCCAGACAGUGAUUGGGUAGAAGACCUCAGAAGGUAUAACUGCAAUUAGAAUAUUGAAAUGAAGACAUUUACAGGAAUCUUUUUAUCAAGGAAUAUCUCUCCAAAGUCCCUAGGGAAUAUUAUUAUUGUAAAGUCUCCCUGCUACUAAGAACAUUCCUGCUAGAGGUAAUCCUUACUUAAUGACUCCAUCAGUGACCAUUUGAAAUUACAGCAACACUGAAUAAUUGGGAUUAAUGCCUGGUCCUUUAAGUUCUGGUCUUUGCAACAUGCCCACAGUUACAAGCAAAUCAAUGGGGAAGCCAGCAGGAAAUCAAUGGCAACCACAUGCCAUUGGACAUAAUAACCAUAUGGAAUUCACUUACUCAUAGCAAUGGGUCCUAAUUACUAUUGUUGUUACCAUAGCCGCCAUUACAUGUCUCAAGUACGGUCAUUAAGUGAGGACUAACCAGUAUUUGAAAGGAAAGGCAUGUUGCCUGAUUAGGACUGAAUUCCCAAGGCUUUAAUGGAAAUAUUGAUAACAGUAGCUCCUUCUUGUCAUCUCCCUGGGGGGAAAUAUUACUGAUCGCCCAAAGUAGCUACCAGGUCUACUUGUUGAAAUUUAGGGAAUUGUAACUCUUUUACCACCACUACAGCUAUCCUCUUUUUUUCCUUCUGAAACUCAAAAUGUUCCUUCUGUUCUGAGCCAAAUGAAUUAGUGGAUUUGAC